AUGAAAAUUAUAGAGGGACCUAACCUUUCGCCGGGUGUGCUUAAGAAGCGCCUGAUGAUCUACCCGAUUGCCGUGCAGGGUGAUUUAGUAACGGGCGCUGCGUACGAGCACUGCGAUAUCUCAGAUUCAUCGCCUGGGCUCGGCGCACGUCGCCCGCUUGCCGCCCGCCGCCCGCCGCCCGCCGCGAUAACACGCCGUACGUGCGACAGAUGUCCCGCGUUUUGUGGGAAAAGAAACAUCAGUUUUCCUUAA